UUUUUUUUGGUCAUUUGUUGAGAAUGAAGCUGCAAAGAGGAAUCAGAUGGACCCUCGAUCUUUGUGAAGUGAAGUUUAACGACAAACCCAGAAAAACAUGGACGACUUCCAAAUGGAGUUCAGGGUUCACUACGGCACUAUGCAGAUGACGAGCUGAUUUAUUUGUGAGUUCACUUUAGUGAUUGGUACAGGACACACUGAUACACCUGGAGGUUUGAUGUUUCAGGUAGAAAAGUCAUUUGGGACUUUAGAGAGGAUGCUUUCUGACACCAGGACCAAUCAGGAUCAACCAAGAGACAGAACAAGUUCUUAAGACUUGGAAAGAAACAUCUGAACUCUCACAGACUUUGGUAACUCUGAAGUCUUUGGAUUCUUGUUGCAUGAACAUGAGGCGGUGUUAGUUUGGAUCGUACCUCUCUGAAAACUCUUCUGUGUUCUGGAUAACUCUUCAGUCCUGAAGUCCUCUUUCAUUGUGCUCUGCUUGACUUUGGGGAUUUACUCGAUCUCAUCUUUGGAUAAGACUUGUUGCGUAUCGCUCCCUUCCAGUCCAGUUGGAUGAAAUCUGGUUCUUUUACGAUGCUGAAUGAGGACGAGAGAAGGUUUGGAUCUGGUUCCUCUUCAAGGAGAAAGACUUUGAGCAGAUAAUGGAUUGGAAGGAACUGGCGGCUCAGAAGCUCAGUCUGUCCCGCAGGAAGAAGUCCCAUCCUGGCCCCGCCUCCCCGCCCGCCGAGGCCCCGGGGCUCCUGCUGUACUCCGGAGGCUUCAGCGGGGCGCUGCAGCUCUCACCGCCCGCCGUCCCACCAUGCCUCCUCCGGGCCGGGUCAAAGGUCAAGGACACGCCGGGGAUGGGGAAGGUCCGGGUCAUGGUCCGGAUCUGUUCGGUCCACAGCAGCGAGUCCUCAGAGUCCAUGUCCCUCCUGAAGGUGGACGGCAGAAAGAAGCAGCUGACUCUCUGCGAGACGUGGUCAGGGGGUAGCUCCGCCUCCUCUCAGAGACGAUCCUCCUCCUCCGCUCCAAAGACCUUCAUGUUCGACGCUGUCUUCACACAGGACGCUUCACAGGCUGAGGUGUGUUCGGGGGCGGUGGCUGAGGUCAUCCAGUCGGUCGUUAAUGGAGCAGACGGCUGCAUCUUCUGCUUCGGACAUGCUAACCUGGGAAAGACAUACACUGUGAUUGGCGAGGACUGCUCUACGCAGAGUCUGGGCGUGGCGCCCACGGCGAUCUCGUGGCUCUUUAAGGUGAUCGAGGAGCGGAGGGAGAAGUCCGGAGCGCGUUUCUCCGUCAGAGUGUCGGCGGUGGAGAUCUCAGGCCGGGAGGAGACGCUCACCGACCUCCUGUCCUCAGCGGGGGGCCACCAGGAUCCCGCCGUGUCACUGAGAGAAGACCCCCUCUGUGGAUCCCAGCUUCAGAACCAGACGGAGCUGCGGGCGACCUGCGCCGAGCGAGCGGCGUUUUUCCUGGACGCCGCACUUGCAGCGAGAAGGAGCAGCCGGGCGCCAAGUGACCAGGAAGCCAGGAGGAACUCGCACUUCCUGUUCACCCUGCACGUCAACCAGGAGAGGCUGGACAAGAGCAGCAAGGCAGCGGUGUCCGGGCGGAGUCGUCUCCACCUCCUGGAUUUGGGGAGCUGUGAGACGGAUAUCAGCAGGACGAGAGAGGGAGGCGGGGGUCAGUGUCUGUCCCUGUCUGCACUGGGAAACGUCAUCCUGGCCCUCGCCAACGGGGCCAAACAUGUUCCCUACAGGGACAGCAAGCUCACCAUGCUGCUGAGUGAAUCCCUGGGCAACAUCAACUGUCGAACCACCAUGAUCGCCCACAUCUCCGACUCCCCAGCCAACUACAUGGAGACGCUGACCACAGUGCAGCUGGCCUCCCGUAUCCACCGCAUGAGGAAGAAGAAGUCAAAGUAUGCCUCCAGUUCAUCUGGAGGGGAAAGUUCCUGUGAGGAAGGCCCGUCCCAUAGACCUCCUCAUCUUCGACCCUUCCACCCUCGGACCAUUGCCCUGGAUCCAGACACACCUCUUCUUCUCUCCAGCGAUCCUGACUAUUCCUCAAGCAGCGAACACUCCUGCGACACCGUCAUCUACGUCGGACCUGGAGGGGCAGCCAUCUCAGACAGAGAACUGAGCGACAAUGAAGGACCGCCUUCUUUCGUUCCAAUCAUCCCCUCUCUGAACAAAUUGCGAGUCAAGGAUGCACCCAGGUCUGAUGGCAACCACUUGAAGUGUAACACCUUUGCAGAGUUGCAGGAGAGACUCGACUGCAUUGAUGGCAGUGAGGGCCCUGCAACAUUUGGUACAGAGGGCAAAACAACACUUGUAGUCGGGUUUGGGACUCAAACUGGAGCUGGAGCAGUUUCACCACCAACAUCUGACAAGAACUCCUUCAGGUUCUUGGAAAGCACACCAACCCAAACAAAUAAACCUGAUCAAGACCAACACACAUUUGUUUCAGUCAGAGGAAUAGUAGAAACUUCCAAGCGGACAAGUGCAGAUGGGGAGAAACUUUCAGCAAGCCACCUUCAGCCAUGUGCGGUAAAGCCCAGUGGAAGUUUGUCUAAGGACUCAGAGCCUGUAGUUCGAGAGAAGGUCUACCUAAAAGGAGGUUUACCCAAACCAGCUGCUUCAACACCCUUAUCUCAGACCGACCCAGCAGCAUCUCAGUGUGGAGAUGUUGUUGGUAGGACUCCACCUGUGGGAAUGAGUCAACAAGCACUGAGGCAAGGCCAGCCCGCUGGGUCUGCUUACACCGAGAGGAUCCCUCUAACAACCAGAGGCCACAUGGAGUUCAACAACCUCCGGGCAGCUCUGUUAGGAAGAUGUCUUGACAGGGAUAUCCUGAGGACGACUGUUACUCUUCAGCAGCCUGUGGAGUUGAAUGGGGAAGAUGAGCUUGUGUUCACUGUGGUUGAGGAGCUUCCUCUUGGCCUUGUCCCAGACAAUGGCCGACCAUCCAACCUCCUCAGCGUCAACACAGACUGCUCCUGGCAGGCCGCAGCAUAUGGCUCGCGCCCUGUAAGCAUUAUCAGCAGUAUUAACGAUGAGUAUGAUGCAUUCACAUCUCAGCAAGGAGCUGUUGGACCUGGGCCUCAUGUUGGAACCAACUGCCAGGAAACAUGGUUUUCCCAGCAAGGUAACAGUCAGCCAACUAUCGGCUCAUGGGCAAGUGAAGUGCAUGCUCUUUCAGAAAGUGAAGGCAUACAUUCAAAAGACAGGCUGAACUUGAGGGACAAAAACAUGACAACAGAGACUGCUUCUAUUUUAACCUCACCAAGUACAUUUCAUAAACAGCCCUUUCUGCAACAAGGCAUCAAGAGUUCCCUGCAUGACAGUGGCAUCUGUUUCUCAGAGCUGGAUAGUGACCCUGCUACUCCAAACAAACCUUCUUUCUCCAAAUGCCAUGCCUCCCUUGACCCAAACAAGUUCUCUCUUAAAGACCCUCUUAAAGCGAGACGAAAUACUCUGAACACUUCAACAUCAGCCUCGAUUCCCCCUCGCACCACCCAUUCCAGUCUUCCCAGGAAAACCAAGCCUACCUCAUCUGCAACUGUGGGCUGCAGCAGACAGGAAGGCAGACAUGAUAACUUUUCGCUUCAGGGAAGCAGAUAUUUUGAAUCCAGAGAGGUUGAGUUUCUCUCUGCAGGUAAGCCAAGAAGUGGCACAAGUAGUGCUUCCCUUAAGAGGCCAGGACUGAACAGUAACAGCGUUCCUCGGCCACCAAAGGCACAAAUGUCUCAGUCAACCCAAAGGAUUGUGGAUGGUUGUGAAAGGGCCAGCAGCAGGAAAUCAGAUACCCUCAUCAAACUGCCACGUCUUACCCGAGGUGCAACAACUCUUGGUACUGUUUCUACUCCCCAGAGUUCUGAGUCGACGUUGGGUCCUGAAAGCCCUUCAGUGUCAGGUACCCUCAGAUUUUCAUCACUGGGAAAAAAGUCAAAUGGGCAAAAAAGCAGCAUGACCUCUAAGGCUGGAUCUGGAAACAUCUCUCCUCCUGCUCAACCUGUCAGACAGUCAAGCCAAGAACAAAAGACACAGACUGUGUUAUCUCCAAGUGCCUUAAAAACAAGCAGUGACUUAGGUAAAUCCAUAUUCCCUAAGACGUCAACCUCAGAGGAAGAAUUUACCCUCAGACUCCGGGCUGAAUCAUUCAGCCACAGGACUUCUGGUUUAAAAACUGAACAUGGCUUUGCCAGGACAUCUUCAAGCCUGAGGACCCGAGGUGCCAAAGCAGAGUCCUCCAGGUACUACGGGAGUCUGAUGUCUCUGGAGAGAUGUGACAGUCAAACGUUAACAGGGUCUAAGCCUGAACUCUUCAGGGAGAACAGCGGUGCUACUCAAGGAGGCAGCAACAAGUCCAACAGAUCAGUGCUAAGACUUGGAGUUCCAGCCUCUGACUCUACAUCUGUCCUAGGUGUUACAGGUUUCACUGGACCCACAAGCAAACUUGGGCAGAUCAAAGGGAAUAGCAGCUCACGUCCAGCAGCAGUUUCUGGGGGAGCAAAGGUUCGAACUUUGUCUGCAAGCAGUUCCAAGAGCCUGAGCUCUGAAGCUGGCCGCCCCACCAGCCUACCCCCUACUGGGAAGUCCCCAGCUCGUUCAGGUAUAGGAGCCAAGAUGGGAAGAGGCACCAUCAUGGGAACGAAGCAUGCCAUCAGCAGGGCCGCAAACAGCCGGGUCAGCGAGCUGGUCACUGGGAGCCAAAGGAAGCAGCUCGGUCGGGGUUCUGGACUGACAGAAAACGAUGGCACUGACAGUGGAACCAGUAGUGUUAGCGGCUCGCCAAACAGCACGUUGCUUCCCUCACCUUACAGCAAGAUCACUGCACCUCGGAGGCCGCAGCGCUACAGCAGUGGGCAUGGCAGCGACAACAGCAGCGUCCUCAGCGGGGAGCUACCCCCCGCCAUGGGCCGUACCGCCCUGUUUGACCACAGCGGGGGGAGCAGCGGCUAUGAGAGUAUGAUCCGAGAUAGUGAGACCACCGGCAGCACCUCUUCAGCGCACGACUCGAUGAGUGAGGGUGGAGUGUCCUCGUCCAAUAGAAGCAGAGUUUCUAAAUCGCCCAAGAAGAGAGGAAACGGUUUCCAGAGGCGCCGUCUGAUCCCCGCCCCCCUCCCUGACACCUCGUCUCUUGGCAGGAAGGUGGGGGGUCAGUGGGUGGAGCUGCCGUCGCUGGGCGGGGCCCUGAAGGAGCCCUUUGAGAUCAAGGUGUACGAGAUCGACGACGUGGACCGCCUGCAGAGGAGGAAGGAGGUGACAACGGGGUCAGAGGUUUUGUUCUUGUCUCUUCAGGGUCUUCUUUACUUUAACGCUCGGCUCAGGAUGUUGGAGAAGCGUCAGCAGCAGAUCAGAGCUCUGAGGAGUAAACAGGAGAGUCUGCAGGAGGAGCUGGAGGAGGCCAAGAGGCGUCUGAUGCUCCACCCCGACAGGUGGAGCGGAGAGUUCGACAUAGACCAGGACCUGGAUCCGGAGUCCCAGGAGUACCUGGAGGCUCUGGCUCAGGUCACGGCAGAGCUCGAGGACUGCGUCAACCUCUGCAAGUCCCGGGUCAUGAUGGAGACCUGCUUCGACAUCGCUGUGACACCAGCCAACACCGCCACGCAGGGAGGACAGCAGGAGGUGGAGGUGUGACAGGAAAGACAACCUCCCCUCUGUACAUCUGCCCCGGUGGACACAUGUGGUACUGCAACAGAAAUAUCUCUCAUCACCUUUUAUUCAUAAAGAGACGGACAGAGACGCUGCAGCACGAGCAUCAGAGUUCCAACCCAAAUCUGAAUAAGGAAUCAAGGUGGUGAUCCACAUCCAGAUCCAGAUCUGUGAUUCUGGAGUGAAAGCUGAGUGGAACAGGGUGCUUUUUUCAUCCAGCUGCUUCAACAGAGGAAGAGGCGUCUUUAAAGGUCACUAUUUCAAAUGGUUUUACUGUGAACGCAGAACAUGAAGGACCGGGUCAUGUUUAGAAACCAGACUGUUCAGGACUCAGAGACCAGCUGCUGCUCCUGGAUCAGAUCAGAGAAGAAGAAGAAGACGAAGAGGAGGAAAGUUCUGGAAGUGCCUUUAUAUUUAUUCUCUGAGUUCAAACACCUAUUCAUGUUUUUAUAUUUAUUCUCGUGUCUGAUCCGUUCUGAUGGUCGGUGUGUGAGGAGGAGCAAACACUUCUUUAGAUUCAAACCUCAGUCUGAGAUUCAUUUGUUGUACACUGGACCAUUGUAGGCCCG